GAAAGAAGAGGAGGAUGUCACAGAUGGGGGCGCUUUGGCCACCAUGGAGGAGCUGGUCCUGGCAGCAGAGGAGCUGCCAGCAAUUUCCAGAGCCCUCCAGGACCUGGGACAAUUCGCCAGGGCCAACAAGGUCAAAACCAUAGCCCUGACGGAUGAGGAGGUGGCCACCUUUAAGUGUGUCAUUUGUAGAGAUCCCAUGAAGCACCCCAUGGCCAGCUCAUGCUGCCGUAGCCUGAUAGGUUGCCAGGUAUGCAUUGAGCAGUGGGUCAACCAUGAGCCCAGCUGCCCCAAGUGCCGUGAUGUGGAAUUUGGGGCAAAAAUGUUUGUUCUGACUGGGAUUGAGGACACCAUUAGCAUCCUCAAAGACACAAUUAGAGACUAGUUAAAAAAAAUUUUGUUAGUCAUUAGUCCUAUUUUGUUUUGUUCA